AUGCGUCUUAAUUCUGGAAGUAGCGCUCACAAUUUAGAGGAAAUAAAAGAAUUUUCUGAGUGGCUACUUAAAGUUGGGGAUGGUAAUCUUGGAGAUGAUGUUGAUGGAGAAUCUAUUAUAACAAUUCCAGAUGAAUUGUUGAUUAGAGAAUCGGAAGAUCCGCUGUCGGAUAUGGUUAAUUUUGUUUAUCCGAAUCUCUUGAAUAAUAUUUUGGAUCGGACCUUCUUUAAAGAACGUGCUAUUCUAACUCCUAAAUUGUCCGAUGUUGCUAUGCUAAACGAGCACCUAAUGUCUAUGAUUCCUGCUGAAGAAAAGACUUUUUUGAGUUCGGAUAAAAUUCUUAAGCAAGGUGGGACUUCCUCUGUUGAGGAUGAUGAAAUCACCCCUGAGAUCUUAAAUACAUUAUCAUGCUCAGGGAUUCCUGAUAAUAAAUUAAUCUUGAAAGUUAAAGUUCCAGUAAUGCUAUUAAGAAAUAUUGAUCAGUCGAGAGGUUUAUGCAAUGGCACGAGAUUGCUUAUUACAAAAUUAGGGAAUCAUGUUGUUGAGGCAAUUAAUGACGAUGAGCCCAUCGAGUCAUACAUUUCCUGUAAAUUUCUAAAGAAGACAAUUCCCCCUGAUUGUAUUGUUUGCCAUGACUAUCAACAAGAGUCAAGGACAAUCACUUUCACAUGUUGCAAUUUAUCUCCCUAA